CCGCUGCUUCCUCGUACGUCACAUCCGUCAAAGUCGUCGUAAAAAAGCCCGACUUCCUUCCAAGAUGUCGUCGGCGGCGCUUCGCUUCUGCGCCAACAUCAGCUGGCUGUUCACCGAGCUGCCGGACUUCCCGCAACGGAUGCGGGCGGCCGCCGAGGCCGGCUUCCGAGCCGUGGAGGCGGCCUGGCUCUACGACGUCCACCCGCUGGAGCUGCGCGCGGCCAAAGACCUCCACGGCCUGGAGGUCGUCCUCAUCAACACGCCGCCGGGUGACGUCACGGCGGGAGAGUUGGGCUUGGCGGCGCUCCCCGGACGAGAAAAAGACUUCGAACGAGGACUCAGUGAGGCCGUCCGCUAUGCCGCAGCCCUGGACUGCAAAAGGAUCCACAUCAUGGCCGGCAGGAUUCCGGCGGGAGUCGACGGCGGCGCCGCGUCGCAGGAGAUGGAGGCGGCGUUUGUGCGGAAUCUCGUAUUCGCCGCCGAGCUGCUCUCCCAGCAUGGAAUGAUCGGCCUGAUCGAGCCCAUCAACACGCGGCUGACGGACGCUCGCUAUUUUCUGUCGUCGCCUCACCAAGCCGCCGCCAUCUUGAGCAAAGUGGCCAAGGAAAACAUCAAACUGCAAAUGGACGUUUUCCACUGGCAAAUUAUGGACGGAAACCUGACGCACAACAUGAAGCAAUAUUUGCCUCUGCUGGGUCACGUCCAGGUGGCUCAGGUCCCCGGCAGGAACGAGCCGGACAGCGCCGGCGAGAUCAACUACGACUACGUCUUCUCCACGCUGGAGACGCUCGGCUACCGAGGAUACGUCGGCUGCGAGUACAAGCCGCGAGGAAGUACGCGGGAAGGUUUGGCCUGGCUCAAACGUUACUUUGGCCGCACGGACGGAUCGGGAAAGCAGAAGGCCGGCUGCUAACGCUAAUCUUCAGAUUGUAGAAAAAUGAAAAAUUGACUGAAAUCUCACCAAAGCCAGGAGCAUUUCAAAGCUGAGUGUUUAGUGGAAGCCCCCUUUUGAACUUCUGCCAGCGGGUCUCUCCAGAGACGCUCACUCACUCGGGGUUCUGGCUGGCCCGUUCGGCGUUGUUCUGAAGCCACACUUUCGUGCGCUUAGGUUCAUUGACCUGUCGGAAGGCGAACCUUCGGCCCGGUCCGGCGGAGGAGGUUUCGGUUCCGGGAUUUUUCUUCCGAUGCCUCCUCCCCCGGUUGCUCAGUUUGGUCGGCCCGAAAGCUCAAGGAAGGGUCCCGGUUCUGGUCGUCCCGACCGGCUUCCGUUGAAGGAUUACGGAGCCAACCGUGCUCCUUUGGAAAACUUAAGCGCGUCAGAAAUUUUGGCCCGAUCCACAAUUCUGUCUCUGAGCUCUUCGGGCAGUUCCUUUGACCUUUGACAUGGACUGUGAGCUCUAAAUUUUUUUUUUUGGUGGCUUCCUUCCUCAUUUCCAAUCAAAACACAACUGAGGACGAGCAGAAGAAAUGAGAAAAUGCAAAGCUUCUGAAUGCUGGCUGUGCGAUAUUUCAAGUUUUCAGAAAAAAACAAAAAAAAUGCAAAAAUUCAAUUUUUUUUUUUAAUCAAUCCUGUGUGCACACGAAUAAGGGGGGGGGGGGAUUGAAGGGGGUGUGAAAACUUUCUGUACCGUCCGUGCAGAACGGAAGCAAAUGUGACAUUUCGGGGGCAAAAUUGCUGUCAUUUUGGAAACAUUAACCGUCCUGUGCCUAAAUGCAAGUUUAGAACAUCAAUCCCACCCACAAAAAUGAUUUAUUUUUGCAUUUGUGUGUCAGGUCCAUAAAGUGUCCUGUAUGGAACUGUACAGUAUCUCAUUUCCAAUAUACAAUAAAUGAGCGAUUACAGUGCA